AAUUUCUGAAAAGUGCGUAUCUGUUGUCAGAAAAUAAUGAUACCGCCUUUUAAAUAUUAUUGUUCCCUUGGGUUCCGAGUGAAAAAUAGGGCUUCAACAACAUAUCUUCACCCUGUUCUAUUCUCUCCUCUCCUCUUCACCUGGCCCCACAAUUGCUUAUAAUCUGUCAUCUCCAACUCUCACCAUCUCCUCCAUGUCACCCUCACACCAACGACUCACUCUUCGCUUCCCACUGGGAUCCCACUCGAGCAAUUGUCUGUCACGUGAUGUCAUUCGGCGGUCUCCUCAGUGUAUGACCAUUCAAUCUCAAUUUCCUCCUACAUAUUUGUUAGGCAAAUGGCUCUUGAUUGGUUGGUUUCCAGAGUCUCUUGUUUCUAAUUCUUUCUGGUCGGCCGGCUGGCUGGCCAUUUGGUCUUCACUAUGGAGUCAGCGAAGUCAGUUGUUGAUAAAAGUGUGGAACGUGUUGGAGGUGCUUUUCUUGACGCGAGAACCAAGUUUCUGACCCAUAUAGAAGAAGUGACUGACUUGACAUUGGUGUUGAAUGGAAUCCGAAUCUUGUUGUUCAUGCUGAGUUCAGAAGAUGUGUAAACCAGUUUGUUUGUUUUUGGCUACCUGCAAGUCUUCGAGUUUGUGUGACAUUUAACAUAAAUCAUCUGUAAAG